UUCACCGUUUUUCUCCCUUUUUUUUUUGCUUUUUCCCCCUCGAUUUUUUUUCCUCUCCCCCCCCGAAGAUUUUUUGGCCUCCAAAAUUGGGGAUUUUGGGCAAAGCGCAGGAUGGAGAACGCUCACGCCAAAACGGCCGAGGAAUGUUUGGCCUUUUUCGGGGUGACCGAGAGCGUCGGGCUGAGCCCCGAGCAGGUCAAGAGGAGCCUCGAGAAAUACGGACCCAAUGAGCUGCCGGCAGAGGAAGGCAAGUCCAUCUGGGAGUUGGUGGUCGAGCAGUUCGAGGAUCUCCUGGUGCGGAUUCUGCUCCUGGCCGCCUGCAUCUCCUUCGUGCUGGCGUGGUUCGAGGAGGGCGAGGAAACCAUCACGGCCUUCGUCGAGCCCUUCGUCAUCCUCCUCAUCCUCAUCGCCAACGCCGUGGUCGGCGUCUGGCAGGAGCGGAACGCCGAGAACGCCAUCGAGGCGCUCAAGGAGUACGAGCCCGAGAUGGGCAAGGUGUACCGCAGCGACCGCAAGGCCGUGCAGAGGAUCAAGGCCAGGGACCUGGUGCCCGGGGACAUCGCCGAGGUGGCAGUUGGGGACAAGGUCCCGGCCGACAUCCGGAUCAUCUCCAUCAAAUCCACCACGCUGCGCGUCGACCAGUCCAUCCUCACUGGGGAGUCGGUGUCGGUGAUCAAGCACACGGAGCCGGUGCCCGACCCCCGCGCCGUCAACCAGGACAAGAAGAACAUGCUGUUCUCGGUGAGUGACGUCAUCGCUGACGUCAUCGCUGACCCGUGGGCAUGGAAUACGUGGUGACACGAGAUCGGCAAGAUCCGCGACGAGAUGGCGGCCACGGAGCAGGACAAGACGCCGCUGCAGCAGAAGCUGGACGAGUUCGGCGAGCAGCUCUCCAAGGUCAUCUCACUCAUCUGCGUGGCCGUCUGGGCCAUCAACAUCGGCCACUUCAACGACCCCGUGCACGGCGGCUCCUGGAUCCGCGGCGCCAUCUACUACUUCAAGAUCGCCGUCGCCCUGGCCGUGGCCGCCAUCCCCGAAGGUCUCCCCGCGGUCAUCACCACCUGCCUGGCGCUGGGCACGCGCCGCAUGGCCAAGAAGAACGCGAUUGUCCGCAGCCUGCCCUCGGUGGAGACGCUGGGCUGCACCUCGGUCAUCUGCUCCGACAAGACGGGGACGCUGACCACCAACCAGAUGUCCGUCUGCAAGAUGUUCAUCAUGGACAAGGUGGAGGGCGACGUCUGCUCCCUAAACGAGUUCUCCAUCACCGGCUCCACCUACGCGCCCGAGGGAGAAGUGCUGAAGCAGGACCGCCCGGUCAAGGCCGGUCAGUUCGAUGGCCUGGUGGAGCUGGCCACCAUCUGCGCCCUCUGCAACGACUCCUCGCUGGACUACAACGAGGCCAAGGGUGUCUAUGAGAAGGUGGGCGAGGCCACCGAGACGGCGCUGACCUGCCUGGUGGAGAAGAUGAACGUCUUCAACACCGACGUGAGGAACCUCAGCAAGGUGGAGAGGGCCAACGCCUGCAACGCCGUGAUCAAGCAGCUGAUGAAGAAGGAGUUCACGCUGGAGUUCUCCAGGGACAGGAAGUCCAUGUCGGUCUUCUGCUCCCCGGCCAAGGCCUCGCGCGCCGCCGUGGGCAACAAGAUGUUCGUCAAGGGUGCCCCCGAGGGCGUCAUCGACCGCUGCAACUACGUGCGCGUGGGGACCACGCGGGUCCCUCUGACGCCGGCGGUGAAGGAGAAGAUCCAGGCCGUGAUCAAGGAGUGGGGCACGGGCAGGGACACCCUGCGCUGCCUGGCCCUGGCCACCCGCGACACGCCGCCCAAGCGGGAGGAGAUGGCCCUCGAGGACUCGUCCAAGUUCGCCGAGUACGAGACGGACCUGACCUUCGUGGGCUGCGUGGGGAUGCUGGACCCUCCGCGCAAGGAGGUCAUGGGCUCCAUCCAGCUGUGCCGCGACGCCGGCAUCCGCGUCAUCAUGAUCACCGGGGACAACAAGGGCACGGCCAUCGCCAUCUGCCGCCGCAUCGGCAUCUUCUCCGAGGACGAGGAGGUCACCGGCCGCGCCUACACCGGCCGCGAGUUCGACGACCUGCCGCUGUCCGAGCAGCGCGAGGCGUGCCGGCGCGCCUGCUGCUUGGCCCGCGUCGAGCCCACCCACAAGUCCAAGAUCGUGGAGUUCCUGCAGUCCUUCGACGAGAUCACCGCCAUGACCGGCGAUGGCGUCAACGACGCGCCGGCGCUCAAGAAGGCCGAGAUCGGCAUCGCCAUGGGCUCGGGCACGGCCGUGGCCAAGACGGCCUCGGAGAUGGUCCUGGCCGACGACAACUUCUCCACCAUCGUGGCGGCGGUGGAGGAGGGCAGGGCCAUCUACAACAACAUGAAGCAGUUCAUCCGCUACCUCAUCUCCUCCAACGUGGGCGAGGUCGUCUGUAUCUUCCUGACGGCGGCGCUGGGGCUGCCCGAGGCGCUGAUCCCGGUCCAGCUGCUCUGGGUCAAUCUGGUCACCGACGGUCUCCCGGCCACCGCGCUGGGCUUCAACCCCCCGGACCUGGACAUCAUGGACAAGCCCCCGAGGAGCCCCAAGGAGCCGCUCAUCUCCGGCUGGCUCUUCUUCCGCUACCUGGCCAUCGGAGGUUACGUCGGCGCCGCCACCGUGGGCGCGGCCGCCUGGUGGUUCAUCUUCGCCGAGGACGGACCCAACGUCAGCUACCACCAGCUGACCCACUUCAUGCAGUGCUCCGAGCACAACGUGGACUUCGAGGGCCUGGACUGCGACAUCUUCGAGUCGCCAGUGCCAAUGACGAUGGCGCUGUCGGUGCUGGUGACCAUCGAGAUGUGCAACGCGCUCAACAGCCUGUCGGAGAACCAGUCUCUGGCGCGGAUGCCGCCGUGGGUGAACAUCUGGCUGAUGGGCUCCAUCUGCCUCUCCAUGUCCCUGCACUUCGUCAUCCUCUACAUCGACCCCCUGCCCAUGAUCUUCAAGCUGACGCCGCUGUCGCUGACCCAUUGGCUGAUGGUCGUCAAGAUCUCCUUCCCGGUCAUCCUGCUGGACGAGGCCCUCAAGUUCAUCGCCAGGAACUACCUGGAGGUGGACGAGCCCGCCCGGAAGCGCCGGAAGUGACGAUUUCGGGGACCCCGCCCACAUUCGGGGAGGGGGCGUGGUCAACGCCGGCCACUCCCCCCACCACCAUCCCUCCCCCACCCAAAUCCUCCCCUCCCCCAUCCCCCAAAACCCCAAAAU